UCCCCGCUCCCCCCGCCGCAUCAUGUCCAUCCCCAGCAGCAGCCCAGAGAGGGAGAGCUCCUCUGGGGUUCAGCUCGACUGUCCCUCCUCUCCCCCCGGCAUGGAGGCAGACCCCCCAUCAACAGGCAGCCCAGUGCUCACCCCAGACUCUUCCUCCCAUGAUGCAUUGCUCUCUGCAGCGGCAGCCUCUCCUGCAGACUCUGAGAAUCUGAGCCCAGAUGAGCUGGAGCUGCUGGCCAAACUGGAGGAACAGAACAGGCUGCUGGAAGCUGAUUCCAAGUCCAUGAGGUCAAUGAGCGGCUCACGGCGCAACAGCGGCUCCUCGCUGGUGUCCAGCUCCUCCGCUUCCUCCAACCUGUCGCACUUUGAGGAAGACACCUGGAUCUUAUGGGGUCGGAUCGUUAAUGAGUGGGAGGAGUGGAGACGCAAGAAGGACAAACUCCUCAAGGAGUUGAUAAGGAAAGGCAUUCCCCAUCAUUUCCGUGCCAUCGUUUGGCAACUGCUGGGCAACGCCACGGACAUGCCGGUGAAGAACCAGUACUCGGAGCUGCUGAAGAUGUCGUCUCCCUGUGAGAAGCUAAUCCGCAGGGACAUCGCCCGCACCUACCCGGAGCACGAGUUCUUCAAAGGCCAGGACAGCCUGGGUCAGGAGGUCCUCUUCAACGUCAUGAAGGCGUACUCCCUGGUGGACCGAGAAGUGGGCUACUGCCAGGGCAGCGCCUUCAUCGUUGGUUUGCUGCUAAUGCAGAUGCCAGAGGAGGAGGCGUUUUGUGUGUUUGUGCGUCUGAUGCAGGAGUACCGUCUGAGGGAACUGUUCAAACCCAGCAUGGCCGAGCUGGGCCUCUGCAUCUACCAGUUUGAAUAUCUGCUGCAGGAGCAGCUUCCAGAGCUGAACGUCCAUUUCCGCUCCCAGAGUUUCCACACGUCCAUGUACGCUUCCUCCUGGUUCCUCACCCUGUUCCUCACCUUCCUCCCUCUUCCUGUCGCCACGCGCAUCUUUGAUAUAUUCAUGUAUGAGGGCCUAGAGAUCAUCUUCCGCGUGGGUUUGGCCAUCCUGCAGUACAACCAGACGGACCUCAUUCAGCUCGACAUGGAGGGGAUGUCGCAGCAUUUCCAGAAGGUGAUCCCCCAUCAGUUUGACAGCUGCCCAGACAAGCUGAUCCUCCGGGCCUACCAGGUCCGAUACAACCCCAAGAGGAUGAAGAAACUUGAGAAGGAAUACACCACAAUAAAGAACAAAGAAAUGGAGGAGCAGAUUGAGAUUAAGAGAUUACGAACAGAGAACCGGCUGCUGAAGCAGAGGAUCGAAACGCUGGAGAAGGAGAGCGCUGCUCUGGCAGACAGACUCAUACAGGGUCAGGUGACUCGUGCACAGGAGGCCGAGGAGAACUACGUGAUCAAGCGGGAGCUGGCUGUGGUGAGGCAGCAGUGCAACACGGCGAGCGAGAGCCUGGAGAAAGCCCAGGAUACCAUCAGGGAGCUGCAACAGCAAAGGCAUACGGAGCAGUUUGUGAACGAUCUGCAGACGCAGCUGGAGGAGUCCCGUCUGCGCCAGGCCGAGCUGCUCGGAGCGCUGAAGGAAAUGCAAGACAAGGUCCUGGACCUGGAGAAGAAGAGCAACUGCCUGCCUGAUGAGAACAACAUGGCCGCCCUGCAGGAAGAGGUGAAGCAGAUGAAGCUGAGGGAGCUGGAGACACUGCGCUCCUUCAGAGAGAUGCAGGACACCGUCACUGAUCUCAACCAGCGUUGGCAGCAUCACAUGUCGCGUGGCAGCAGCACGGGCGGCGGCCACUGGAAGGAAUCCCCGAAGAAGAACGCCAUGAACGAACUGCAGGACAAGCUGAUGACGGUCAGACUGAGGGAGGCUCAGGCCCAGGCUGAGCUCCGGGAGGUCAGGCUCAAAGGCCUGCAGCUGGAGAGCCAGAACCAGAUUCACAGUAAACUGAUUGGUCGUCAUGAGCAGGAACGCUCCGCCCUGCAAGAUCGCCUCCAGAUGUUGGCCAAUCAGAACAAAGCUCUGCAGGCCCAGCUCAGCGAGAUGAAAAGGAAGCAGGCCGAGUCGGACUGCAAGAGUAAAGAAGAGGUGAUGGCGGUUCGACUGCGGGAGGCAGACAGCAUGGCCGCCAUGGCCGAACUCAGACAGAAGAUUGCAGAACUUGAAAUACAGAAGGAAGAGGGGCUGAUCAAGGGCCAGCUGAACCACUCAGACUCCAGACAGUACAUCAGUCAGCUGCGGGACCAGAUCGCUGAGCUGAAGAACGAGAUCAGGCAGCUGAGAGGACAGAAGGCGGCACCUGACGCCAGGAUCACCUGUGGAGGAGGAAGCCCCGCCUACCAGAACCUGUGCUUGGCCAGCCCCGCCUCCGCCGAGGGAGACUACCUGAGCUCGGAUGAAGACCUGCUGAACAGCCCCCUGCCCGCCGCCGCCCUGUACCCCACGCUGACGGACCCCCGCCACCCGUCUCCCCGGUUAGACAGCGAGGGCAGCACGGACAGCGAGGCGGAGGAGCGGCUACAGACGCCUCCCGACCCGCAGCAGAUAUACGGCAGCAUGGUGUGCGCCGACGUCCUGGAUAACUGACCCCGCCCCCAGGAGCCUCUAACUGCUACAGUGGAUUGUAUUAAUCAACCAAAUCCUCUUUGGCUUUUCCAGUCUUUCCCUUUUCCGUACCGCAGACAUGGGGGCGGGCUCUGUUCCUGAUGCUGGCAGGGAGGGGCCUCCCAGACGCCGGCAGUGAGGGGCCUCCCAGACGCCGGCAGACUCAUAUCCUUUCAAACAUCAUUGCAUCAAAUACAUGGAGAGAAUAAAGUGAAUCUGAACUGGACUCCAAGGAGGGAAGGAUGGGAAACGGUUUUACACCCAUCAGCCUCGCUCACCGCGUCCAAUGGAAUCCUACUUCCUGGUUGGAAAUCUGUGAACUUUUCUUCCUCUGUGUCCCGCGGCCAGAACAAAUAACCCCCCCCCCCCACACACACACACCCCUUUAAAGGAAAAGUCCGGUCAGCAGGAAUAAUCAAUGGAUCAUUAUUUAUACCUAAAACUAAUACGUUCGCAUUCAUUUAAU